AUGUUUGGUGCAACUAUUACUACUACCAAUAAGGAGAUGGUGAAGGAGAAGAAGGAUGAGAAAGAAGUGAAGGAUGUUGGAAAGGCCUUUGGUCGUUGUAAUAAACAUGACAAGAAACUACAGUUCCUGUGUCUGGAUGACAAUGAUAUGAUAUGUUCAGGUUGUGUAUCUUCCAAACACUUUGGACACAAGAUUGCCAACUCUGAUUACAUGGCCAACAAAGAAGCACCUAUUGUGGUGGAGCACACCAAACGUUUGAAUUAUGUUUGGACAACAAUGAAGGGUCUGGCAAAGGCCCAUCACGAAUUCACCGAUCAAGAGAAGGUCAUACACCAGCUAUUCCAUAAUCUACAUGAAGCUCUGACUCUCGAGGAGCACAAGCUGAUUAAGCCACUCACUACCAACAUUGAAGCAACAGAGGCAACACUGGAGAAGGCCAUAAAGGAAGUCAACUCCCUACUCCUACUAGUUGGCCUCCCCAACCAGAGCGAUACCAACUCGUGUUGGUGGGAAUCUUUCAUACAUCAAGAAUCUGAAGUGAAGGAGGAUGAGGAUAAAGUUAAGAUUGUUGUUGAUGAAAAAGAGGCAACAGAGAGUUUAGAGGAAGAUGAUAGCGAGGAAAUUCCAAAGUGGAGGAAACUGAUAGAGUGUAUCAAGAUCCAAAUGAACCAGAGAUUCGGCUCUAUCUGUUCCAACAUCAUCUUAUGA